CCAAAAAGACAAAACAAGAGGAAUGACAAGAAAUCAAGAAACCAAGAGAGACAGUACGACAUCGUUACUUGUUUCCUGUAGAUUUUUUUUUCCCAACACUUCAUCAUGUAGAUAUUCCUGAAAGUAACUUUCAUUUCUUUGCUUGCUGCUUUCACUCUUUUGGAUAUUAAAAUUUAAUUCUUCUGUGUUACUCUAGAAAAUCCUCAUUCCUCCUCCACUACCAAAAUCCUCUGUAAACAAGAAUUUCUUAAUUUCAGUUUUCUUUGUCUGAUGGGUCAUCUCCCAAACCCCACAAAAGUCUCCUCUCUUCCGACAAACCUCAAAUCUUGAAAUUGUAACCCAUACCCACAUCCCCUUUAGAAGAUUUCAUUACAUAAUCAUCCGUAUCUUGUUCAGACAUAUAAAAAGAAAGAAUCUUUACUUAGUUUUCUUGUUUUUCUUUGUUGGGGGCGUUGAGUUUCCACUGAACUAAGCCGAUAUGGCAGCUGUACUUAGAUCGAAAUCGUCGAGACAUACGGCCUCUAUGGCUAUUGCCCACUUCAGAUAUUUUAUCAUCAAUGAUUUUCACACGGGUCAUUUACCCAAUUUCCAUUUGUGUAAUCGAACCAAAUGGGAUAAUUUGGUCUCAAAUUCUGGUCAUAGUUCUUCUUUAUUCAAGUCUGUAUCGUUUCGUGGUGAAUUUGUUGACCGAUGUUAUGAUAAUUUGAAGAAUUCACAGAAUUCAAGUAGGAAGAGUAAGGAGAAAAUUAGUAUGUCUAGUAACUAUGGGGAACCUCCUGAGAUUUGGCAACCACCUGGUGAGGGGAUUGUGGUUCGUCCUGGUGUGAAGUUUGUUCAGGUGGGUGAAGGGGAAGGUCCUGGUUCGGGUUCUGGAGGUGGGUUUGCUUCUGGGUCAAAAGAUGGAUCUUGGGGUGGAUCCAAUUUGGGUACCCAAUUUCCCACACCAAAGCAACUGUGUAAAGGACUUGAUAAGUUUGUAAUUGGACAGGAGAGAGCUAAAAAGGUUCUGUCUGUCGCCGUAUAUAAUCAUUACAAGAGAAUAUAUAAUGACUCUUCACAUAAGUGGCCUGCAGGAAAUGACAGUAGUGAAAAAACAGAUGGAAUAGAAAAUGAGUCUGUGGAGCUUGAGAAGAGUAACAUCCUUUUAAUGGGGCCAACAGGUUCAGGGAAAACUUUACUUGCCAAGACCUUAGCUCGAUUGGUGAAUGUUCCCUUUGUUAUAGCAGAUGCUACGACACUAACUCAGGCAGGAUAUGUUGGGGAAGAUGUGGAAUCUAUUCUAUAUAAGCUCCUCACUGUUGCUGACUACAAUGUAUCAGCUGCUCAGCAAGGCAUAGUGUAUAUUGAUGAAGUUGACAAGAUCACGAAAAAGGCUGAAAGCCUCAACAUUAGUAGAGAUGUUUCAGGAGAGGGCGUCCAGCAGGCAUUGUUGAAGAUGCUUGAAGGAACAAUUGUCAAUGUGCCGGAGAAGGGAGCUCGGAAGCACCCUAGAGGGGAUAAUAUUCAGAUUGAUACCAAAGACAUUCUCUUUAUAUGUGGUGGAGCCUUCAUUGACUUGGAGAAAACAAUCUCUGAAAGACGCCAAGAUUCUUCUAUAGGAUUUGGUGCACCAGUUCGCACAAACAUGAGGACUGGUGGUGUUACAAGUGCUGCUGUGACAUCAUCUUUAUUGGAGACAGUUGAAAGUAGUGAUCUAAUAUCAUAUGGUCUGAUACCUGAGUUUGUCGGUCGAUUUCCCAUCCUUGUUAGUCUGUCAGCUUUAACUGAGGAUCAACUUGUGCAGGUUCUAACUGAGCCAAAAAAUGCGCUAGGGAAGCAGUACAAAAAGAUGUUCCAAAUGAACGGGGUAAAGUUGCAUUUCGUUGAAGAUGCACUACGAUUGAUAGCUAGGAAAGCAAUAUCUAAAAAUACUGGUGCUCGUGGAUUGCGAUCCAUACUGGAGAACAUUUUGAUGGAUGCUAUGUAUGAGAUUCCUGAUGUCAGAACAGGCGAUGAUGUAAUAGAUGCCGUUGUAGUUGAUGAGGAGUCGGUAGGAACUGAGGGACGAGGAUGUGGGGGUAAAAUCCUUUAUGGCAAAGGUGCAUUUGACCAACACUUCCCACAGAAUAGAUCAAAGGAUUCUGAGUCAAACAUGGAGGGGUCUGAUGGAGACCAUGAGGCGGAACAGGAGCUUCCUUCCAUUGUUGCUUUGUAAAUGUUCUGUGAGGUGUAUUUCUGGUCUCAAUUGUGUACAGUAAUCUAAAUUCAAAUAAACAAUGUUAUUUAAAUAGAGUUCAAUGUACUUUCAUACUGCA